AUGAUAAUGAAGGAUGUGACUCAGUUAGGGUCUGUAAUGGCCGGUUUUAUGUUCAUGUGGGCAAUAUUCCAGCAAUGGUUUCCAGAAGAGCUUGGUAAUCAUAUUCAAAACUAUUUUCGAAGACUUGGAAGUUAUUUCUACCCUUAUAUCACCAUCACUUUUCCUGAAUACCAAUCGGGUGAGUUCAAACGAAGCAAGGCCUAUAUUGCAAUCGAACGAUACCUAGCCAUCAACUCCUCCGAUAGAGCUAAAAAGCUCAAAGCAAAUGUGAUUAAGGACGGAAAAUCUGUUGUCCUGAGCAUGGACGACUACGAAGAGGUCACAGAUGAGUUCGAAGGCAUAAAAAUCUGGUGGAGUUCGAGCAUAACCAUCUCGCAACAACGGUCUCUCUUUACUAACGAUGAUGGCGAGAAGCGAUCCUACAAGCUCACUUGCCAUCGUAAACACAAAGAGAUCAUCACCAAAGUCUACCUGCACCAUGUGCUUGAUGAAGGAAAGGCCAUUGUCAUGAAAAGCAGGCAACGAAAGCUCUAUACCAAUGGGAACAUGACCUCGUGGAGUCACAUCAUAUUCGAGCACCCUUCUACGUUUGAUACUCUUGCAAUGAACCCGGAAAAGAAGAAGGAUAUUUUGGAUGAUCUUAUGACAUUCAUCAAGUCCAAAGACUACUACAAGAAGGUGGGAAGGUCAUGGAAGCGAGGAUAUCUUCUUUAUGGUCCUCCUGGAACUGGAAAGUCUAGCAUGAUUGCUGCCAUGGCUAACCUUCUUGAUUACGAUAUCUAUGAUCUUGAAUUAACCUCCGUGAGUAAUAACACGGAUUUGAAGAAGCUACUCAUCGGCACAACAAGUAAGUCGAUAAUUGUGAUAGAGGAUAUCGACUGUUCACUUGAUCUCACUGGUCAAAGAAAGAAGAAGAAGGAGAAGGAGAAGAAGGAGAAAGAGAAGGAGAAGAAUCCGGUUCAGAAAAAGGAAAAGGAUAAGAAGAUAAAGGGUAGUGAAGUAACUUUGUCUGGGUUGUUGAACUUCAUUGAUGGGCUAUGGUCGGCUUGUGGUAGUGAAAGACUGAUCGUGUUCACUACAAACCACCUUGAAAAGCUUGACCCUGCUCUUAUUAGGAGAGGAAGAAUGGAUAAGCAUAUCGAGCUCUCCUUCUGUUGUUUCGAAACGUUUAAGGUGUUGGCCAAAAACUAUUUGGAUCUUGAAUCACAUGACUUGUUUUCACCCAUCAGUCGACUACUGGAGGAGACAAACAUGAGUCCAGCUGAUGUUGCCGAAAAUUUGAUGCCCAAAUCAUCUCAAGAGAAUGCCGAGAGUUGUUUAAACCACCUGAUCAAAGUUCUGACUAAUUCAAAAGAAGAAGCAAGGCUGAAAGCUGUGGAAGAUUCUAGGGUUAAAGCUUCCCAAUCAGAAUCAAGUGUUGUAGAAUCAAGCGAUGAAGAAUCAAGUGACGGAGAGGGUUGA